AUGGGUAGAAAAAAGAUUAAAAUGCAAAAGAUUCUUGACGAGAGAAACCGCCAAGUAACUUUUACCAAGAGAAAGAAUGGAUUGAUCAAAAAGGCAAUGGAGUUGGCACUCCUGUGUGACUCGUCAGUCACCCUUUUCAUUGUAAAUAAUUCGACCAAUGCCAAAGAAAAAUAUUUCCAAUAUGUUAGUUCAGACUUGGAACUCCCACUCACUUCAAUACCUGAUGAAGGUCCAGAAGUUUCUCAAUUUUAUGUAAAUGAUGAUUAUGUUUUAUUUAAUAAAAAUGGAGGUGAUGUUGAUCAUCAUUCAAAUGAAGAAUCACCAAAUGGAUCACCAAAAUUACAAACUACUACACAUUCUAGAAACCAUCAUCAACAUCAUCAUCAUAAUCAUACCGCGACUGCACCUGUUGCCAAUAAUACUGCAGCUGUUACGACUACUACCACCACUACGACUUCGACUGCUACGACUGCUGCUGCGACACCAAACACCAUUUCAUCAUCCAAUUCACCAGUUUUAACCUCUUCAACUCCAACCUCACCACAACAAACGACCCCACCACUCAAGGCAAUUUCCAAACAACAACCAAAUAAUAAUAACAAUAAUAAUAAUAAUAAUAAUGUACAUCAUCCAUAUAAAUCACCAAAUCAUAAACCAUCACCAUCGGUUGUUCAACAAGUCCAACAACAGCAACAAGUUCAACAACAACAACAACAACAACAACAAUCAUAUCAACAACAAUUACACCAAGUUCAACAACCACCAUUACAAACCAAUCGAUUUACAUUACCACCACUUGCCAGUGCUGCUACUGCAGUCGUAGGUCAACCACCUAGAUCAUCAUCGUCGGCAGAGGAUUCUUCAGAUGGCGAUGACACAGACUGUCAUUCCACCAUUAGAAAGCAUCAACAAGUAGUCCCACAAACCAGCCAUUUUGAUAGUGCACAAGCCACCCAAGCUCUAUUAUCUCUUACGCAUCACAUUUUCUCUUCACCACCUUUAGAAUCAAUUUCAUUAUCCAAUUCUCCAAAUACUUCACCAAGACAACAACAACAACAACAACAAUUAUUACAACAACAACAACAAUUACAUUAUCAACAACAACAACAACAAUCGGCAUCAUCACCAUCAUUAUCAUCAUUAUCAUCAAAUACCAAAAGUCAAUUAAAUAUUCAACCAACCUCAUCCACCAUACCAAAAUUAGUUAAACAUGAUUCCAUCAAAAAUCUUUUAAAUAAUAGUGGUGAUUCCAUAAACACUCAACAACAACAAUAUGAAUAUCAACAUCAACAACAACAACAACCAUCAUUUCAUUUACCAUCCCAUCAUCCACAACAACCAUCCACUUUAUUACCAAAAUUAGAUACUUUAUAUGAUCGUUCACUUUUCCCAAAUAAUUUAAAUAAUCAAAAUAAUCAAAAUAAUAAUAAUAACGGUACCAAUAAUAAUAGUAGUAAUUAUCAUCAUCAUAGCAAUAGUAGCAGGAAAUAUGAAGUCAAUCGUUUCACACCUUGUCCUCUCUUCGCACUUUUAAGAUCGGUUCAAGAAAUAUUAGUGGUUAUAAUACAGUCAUCGACAGGUGUACAAUCACAGCAGACAGUUUCAAUAGUCAAUUGGAAUUCAACUAUUGAUUGUACAUCACCACAAACAUUUACAUGUAACUUUAAUAAUAAUGAAUCUUGGAUUGGAGGGUUGGUACCUGGUGUCAAUCAGACUGCUGUGAUUGACUAUUCAAAUCAGACGACGUCGAUGCAAUCGACUCAGUAUAUAUUCAUCAACUCUAAUCUAACGAUUGUAUCGUUGCAAGUGAUUGGUGAUAAGAGCGAGUCGAUUAACCUUGCUUUACAACCAAGCGACAAUUAUACGUUGGCUGUGAAUGUUACGCAGUCGUUGGAGUUGGUCAGCUCGGCCAUCUUGUUGAACGACACCAAUGUGGUGGUGGCUGGUGCUGUCACUCUUGGUCGAAUGGGUGUGUUGCAUGUUGGAAAGAGCUCGACACUGUACACACAGUCUUUUAACGGGUCGUCGUCAGGCUCGGUCUUGGUGUUGGGCAUGUUUAGCGACGUCGACGUGCAGUCGACUGGCUCGGUUGUCACGGCUGUCUCUGGGUUCUCUGUUGAGUCGUUUACAAGCGCCAAUAACGCGACCCUUGUAGUUGGAGGCGUAGUAUUUAUUGGAGAGGCGCAGACCAAGGGUAUGAUCGAGUUGAUUGGCAACUCGAGUACCGCCGCCUGCACAGUUGGUAUUGGCGCCAACUCGAAUGUGAUGCAGCUCGUGUCAAGUGCGAGUGCCAACACAUCGGUCUUUAUCACGUUGGAGGACGGCACGAUGAUUGGCAACUUGUCAAUUGGCCAGCAGUCUUCAAUUGAGAUUAACGGUGUCGUCACGGUCGAGUCAUCCGUGCUACUCAACAACACUGACAUUUUAAUCAACACUCAAUCACAACUCGUGCUCAACGGCCCGACCAACCUGGGAGAGACGGGUGGCAUCAAUGUGGAGGGUGACUUUGCCAUCACACAUCCUCUCCAACUCGGCAGCGUGGGUCUAGUCGUCCGCGGAUCCAACACGAAUGUCAUGCUCGCCAACACACAGAUUCAAGGCAACAUCUACCACGAGAAUGGUACCAUCACAGCCAACCAAACACAAAUCACCAAUGGAUGCUACUCACACAGCGACGGUGUGCUCUAUAUCCAGGCACAGGGCAACCAAAUCGUCAUCAGCUGCUACCAACAGACACAAACCACCGCACAACUUUGGAUGGCCAACAUCCAAGACCAAAACACCUCACCCUACAUCCUCGCAGAGUCGGUCGAUCUCCGCGGCCAACUCCUCUUUUCCGUCCAAGAUGAUGCCCUCACCCCCACAUUUUCCAGCAAGCUCAUUAGCACUGGCACCAUUGUAGGUCAGUUUAGUGUGACCGAUGCACUCAACGGCGAAAUCUCCAAAAAGGACUAUGCCAUCAACACUGUACAGGUCUCUGAACAAGUCUACAAUGUCGAGAUUGAUUUCUCCAAAGAAAAUACCAAACCAAAGGCUCCCCUCUGGAAAAUCUUUUUAAUCAUCAUUGGUGCCAUCGGUGGUCUCUUUAUAUUCUCAUACUUUUUAAUUAAACUAACUCGUUAUAUUAAAGCAAGACGAGCAGCAUCAUCAUCGACUGAUGGUAAUAUUAAUAAUAAUUAUCAAUAUUCUCAACUUUAA